CCUGAAAAAUACCUGUGUGGCGAACGCGUGUGCGGGGAAUGAAAUACUCGUCGCACAGCACAGCACAGCACAGCGGCAAAGGCAGCAAAAGGAAAACCAGAACCAGAAAAAUAUACUCACAAAUAAACAAAAACUACUUGCUACGUCAGAAGACCGCAAACAAAAGAUAUGAACGCAACGCAGCCGAGCUGUAGCUGCCGUUGCCGCUGACGUCGCUGCCCAAGGUUCGUCUGGGCGGCGCUCUGGCGAAUCGGAUACUAUAGUAGUAUUACUUUUCAGAGCAGAGCAGAGCAGAGCUUUUUCUUAACGUUUCGCGUUUCGCGAUUCUCUGUGCUGAUUUGCGUGCGUGUGGAGUCGUGCGGUCGUCGUGGAGCUGACCUUAGGAGCGGAAAACUGCACCUGAAUCUCGCCCAUCAGCAGUGCCUUGAGAUUCCCGCUCUCGAAGUGAACGUUUGAUUUCGAAACUGGAAAAAAACACUCCCCCAGCACAUGUACACUUCUCCGUAUUCCAUUGAGAGAGUUAUACAACUAGGCCAGCCACAUAAAAUUUUGAAUUUUACGUGAAACGGACGAGGACACCGCAAUCGUUGAAACAUGAGCGACAAACGUGGAUUCGUCUUGGACGCAAAGUCCAUGGGACUGUCCAAUCCGGAGAAGCCCACAACCACGGGAAAGCAGAAAUGCCACAAUUUUGCACACGAGAACACAGAGAAAGCUGGGAAAGCGGGCGACCGCGACUUCCACUCCACGUGCAAUGUGAUCUCUGAGCCCUUACCCACGGAGCACUUUCGCCAGCUGGUGGACGAAUUGCCGAAUUUACCCGAUGAGGCGUUCCAGAUGAACCUAAAGCUGAACAAGGAAUUCCUAAGACGGCUGGCGGACAUCGACAGCCUUGACUCUCAGAAUUCUCAGGGCGGAGAUUCAAUGAGCAUCACACAAAAGGUGCGUCUGGUGACUUACCAAGAGUGGGUGGAGUUCCUACUGCAUUCCAACAGCGUCAUAUUCAGCAACAUUUCGGAACUUGAAAAUGCGACGUACGGAAAGGUCAUGGCCUGCAUGCAGUCGGUCAAGGGGGAGCAACAGCAUACGCUGGACGACUACCGCAAGCAGCGCAAGGAUCUCUGCACAAUUGUAAAGUUCCUACAGGAUGCCUACUACAAGGGCGUUUGGGAUACGACUAAUAUGUCACUGGAGACAAUGACUGUCAACCAGCUGCUGGGAUUACCCCGCGAGCAGCGUCAUCCGCAGAGCGAGAGCGAAAAGAUGGCGGAAUGCAUGAAAUCUCUGGUCAACGAAAUGGCCUCCAAGCACGAUGAGGUUUGCCAUUUAAAGUCCCAGCUCUGUGCUCUGGAUGAAGUGGUCCAAACGGCCAGGCAGAAGCUUAUCCUGAAGGACCAAUGCAUUGCCCAACUCAAUCAGCAGCUGCAGCAGAUCAAGGAGUGCCUUGCGAACGUGCCACAGCCUUCGCCGUGUUACGAGGCGCCAAAGGAAGAAGUGCAGAUCGGAGAUAUGGUAGCUUCCUGCUUUCUGGAAAGCCUCUGUCUGAAAGAUAGGGAGGAGAGCAAAAUUCUGAAGACACUUGAUACCGAACUCAAUGAACUGCUGGAGCUGCACGGUAGACACGAAGUUAAGUGCAUGGAGGCCUGCCGGAAUCGCCUUUACGGCUUUUUCGAGAAGUUUAGCAAAGAACUCGUUGAAGCCACCAGAAAUCUGGAAAAUGUCCGUAGCCAGCUGAGAGCGCUUCGAGACGAUGUGAAUAAGCCCGGCUCUGAUGCCUACAGCACGCCGAUAAGUUUGGUUGGUCCGGAUCCGGAUGGAACGUCACUUGAGUCUUUGCGACAGCAGCUGCAGGCCUACAAUAAUGCCACAAAGGAAAUGCUCGGCAAUUACCUACAACUGGUUACCGAAAACAAUGAUUUACACUCCCAGCUUAAAGCGAAAAGUUUAACAAACACCAGGAGCACAGAUAUUAUCAAGGGUAUAGCCGAUAAGCUGGUGGAGAUGGGCUUUCAAGAAAUCACGUACAAAGAAAUAUAUGAAACAGACUCAACGCACAAUCCAUUCUGUGCAGUCCUCAAUGAAUUAUACGAUAACAUAAAAGACAACAACUCCUUGGAGGAGCAGCUGCUGGUAAAAACUAACCAGCGUUUGGCCUGCCAGAUAAGCUGCCUGCAGGAGAAGCUAGAAGAUCGUGAUGCCCAAGUGUCCGAGCUGCAGGGCAUGAUACACAGCUACUCCGACUUCAGUGAUCACCAACGACUCAAGGAGGAGAUUUACAGCCUCAAGCAGACACACAGUGCACAGCAACACAAGUUGCGUGAGCUGACCACGUUGCUCAAGAGUCGUGAAGAGCUGCGCGCGGAACUCUGCAAAGAGCACGAGGAACUUGAGAGGAAUUACGAGGAUCAGUGCAAGGAGCUAAAAAAGUCGAAAAAGCGCCAGCAGUGCCUAGAGGAGUCAGUCUCUCAGGGCGAGAUGGUGCUGGAGGAGGUCACAGUAGAGCGCAAUCUGUUGCGGGAGGAGAUCAUGGCGCUAAAAGAGAAGGAGGCCACAGCCGCAGGACGCGAGCGGGCGCUUGGCGAUCAGUUGAACUUCACCGAAAAGGAGCUGAACAAUGCCCGGCGGGUUAUACAAAACUUGCAGGACCACUUGAAACAGGGCAAGCAAAAGCAUCGCGAGGUCGUCGAGCAGCUGGAGGUGGCCAACAACACAAUGAACCAGCAGCUGCGGGAAUUCGAGGGCGAGUGCCAGCGGAUGAGGGGAAAGCUGAAGCAGCAGGCGGACGUAAACCAACAGCAGGAGGAGAUCAUCAGUUCGUUUCGGCAGUGGAAGGACGCACAGAUUCGGGCGGACGAGGCAAGGCGGCGGUGCGAGAAACGGGCAGAGGAGCACAUCAGUCUGCUCGUGGAGGAGAAUCAGACACUGGUCCAUGAGUACAGGGCACUGCACCGGGACCAUUCCCUACUGGAAGCCGAAAUACAAAGAGUCAAGCAGGCCAUCCAACGCACCACCACAUCCCCUCAAACGACGUCGCCGGACUGUGCCCGCGUGGCCCCACAUAUGGGCGACGAACAAAUGUCUGCACGUCUGCGCAGUCUGGCCAAUACAUCGCAGCGUCUUGCCAUCCACUCCAAAAUGCUCAUUGACCAGACGAGUUUGCGGAAAGGCGCGCAGCAGGAGCAGGAAAAUCCAUCCCUGUCACGGAACACACAAUCCUCGGAUAGCCCAUUGCACGAACAGCAUCCGAAUCCCUAGUCCAUUUCAGUUUCAGUUAAAUCUCAUCUACCAUUCGGCCAACUUUGUUUACAUUAAAUUUUGCGUAUAUUGUAAAUUGUCUCUGCAAUUUGUAGUUGAAAUGAAGUAUGCUGUGUGCUGGUGUAAAACUA